CCUCCGCGGGAGAGAAGCGCGCGGCCCUUUUCCUCCCGACAGGAUGCGAACGGGCUACGGUGAAGCAGCGAGACGUUUCUGUGUAUCACAGCCGUUAACGUUUCCAGCAACAUCCGAGUGAAAAACGUCGAGCGAGUAUCGGGGAACCUUCACUUUCUUUUCCACCGUCUGAAGUCGCCCAGUGGCUGGAACCGAGUGAGCUUCGUGGAAGAAAUACCCCGCUGUGAGCGCUGCGCGGCAACCCAGAGUGUCCGAGUGUAGAGCGAGUGAGAGAGUCGGGGACGGAAUGGAGCUCAUCACUAUCCUCGAAAAAACGGUCUCUCCGGAUCGGAAUGAGCUGGAGGCGGCACAGAAGUUUCUGGAGCAGGCGGCGAUAGAGAACCUGCCCACGUUCCUGGUUGAGUUAUCGAAAGUGCUGGCAAACCCAGGAAACACUCAAGUGGCUCGAGUGGCUGCAGGUCUGCAGGUGAAGAACUCCCUGACCUCUAAAGACCCCGAUGUCAAGACACAGUACCAGCAGAGAUGGCUGGCCAUCGAUGCAUCUGCUCGCCGUGAGAUCAAGAACUAUGUUUUACAGACUCUGGGAACAGAGACCUACCGACCCAGUUCGGCGUCACAGUGCGUUGCAGGAAUUGCAUGUGCAGAAAUUCCCGUCAACCAAUGGCCAGAGCUGAUCCCACAGCUGGUGGCCAAUGUCACUGACCCCUCCAGCACUGAGCACAUGAAGGAGUCCACACUGGAGGCUAUUGGCUACAUUUGUCAGGAUAUUGACCCAGAGCAGCUGCAGGAAAAUGCCAAUCAGAUUCUUACAGCCAUCAUCCAAGGUAUGAGGAAGGAGGAGCCAAGUAACAACGUAAAACUGGCUGCUACCAAUGCCCUGCUCAACUCUCUGGAGUUCACCAAGGCCAAUUUUGACAAGGAGACGGAGAGACAUUUCAUCAUGCAGGUGGUCUGUGAAGCUACACAGUGUCCUGACACCAGAGUGCGUGUGGCAGCCUUGCAGAACCUGGUGAAAAUCAUGUCUCUGUACUAUCAGUACAUGGAGACGUACAUGGGACCUGCUCUGUUUGCGAUUACUAUUGAGGCAAUGAAGAGUGACAUUGAUGAGGUGGCCUUGCAGGGUAUAGAGUUCUGGUCCAACGUCUGCGACGAAGAGAUGGAUUUGGCCAUCGAGGCCUCAGAGGCCUCAGAGCAGGGCCGUCCCCCAGAGCACACCAGUAAAUUCUAUGCUAAAGGGGCCCUGCAGUACCUGGUUCCCAUCCUAACCCAGACCCUCACCAAACAGGAUGAGAAUGAUGACGAUGAUGACUGGAACCCCUGUAAGGCUGCAGGGGUGUGUCUGAUGUUGCUGGCGACGUGCUGUGAGGACGACGUGGUUCCUCAUGUUCUCCCCUUCAUCAAAGAACACAUUAAGCAUCCUGACUGGCGCUACCGCGAUGCUUCUGUCAUGGCCUUUGGUUCCAUCCUGGAAGGACCUGAGCUCAACCAGCUCAAGCCGCUUGUCAUUCAGGCGAUGCCAACUCUGAUUGAGCUGAUGAAGGACCCCAGUGUGGUGGUGAGGGACACCACGGCGUGGACUGUAGGCCGAAUCUGUGAGCUGUUGCCUGAAGCUGCAAUCAACGAGGUUUACCUGGCCCCCCUUCUGCAGUGUCUGAUUGAAGGCCUGGGGGCUGAACCCAGGGUGGCUUCAAACGUCUGCUGGGCCUUCUCGUCUCUAGCUGAAGCAGCCUACGAAGCCACAGACACCACAGAGGACCAGGAGGAGCCCAGCACCUACUGUUUAUCCUCAUCCUUUGAGAUCAUUGUCCAGAAACUCUUGGAGACCACGGACAGGCCCGAUGGUCACCAGAACAACCUGCGCUCUGCAGCCUACGAGGCUCUGAUGGAGAUCGUCAAGAAUAGCGCCAAGGACUGUUACCCUGCAGUCCAGAAAACCACGCUGGUCAUCAUGGAGAGGCUGCAGCAGGUCCUGCAGAUGGAGUCUCACAUCCAGAGCACAUCAGACAGGAUCCAGUUCAACGACCUGCAGUCGCUGCUGUGUGCCACUCUGCAGAACGUUCUCCGUAAAGUUCAGCACCAGGACGCCCUGCAGAUCUCAGACGUGGUUAUGGCGUCUCUGCUGAGGAUGUUUCAGAGCACUGCAGGCUCUGGAGGAGUUCAGGAAGACGCUCUGAUGGCAGUUUCCACACUGGUGGAAGUUUUGGGCAGUGACUUCCAGAAAUACAUGGAUGCCUUCAAGCCUUUCCUGGCAAUUGGACUGAAGAAUUAUGCUGAGUAUCAGGUGUGUCUGGCAGCAGUGGGGCUGGUGUGUGACCUGUGCAGAGCUCUGAUGUCCAACAUCCUGCCUUACUGUGAUGAGAUCAUGCAGUUGCUGCUAGAGAACCUGGGGAACGAGAACGUCCACCGGUCGGUGAAGCCCCAGAUUCUUUCAGCCUUCGGCGACAUAGCUCUGGCCAUUGGAGGAGAGUUUAAGAAGUACCUGGACAUCGUUCUGGACACGCUGCAGCAGGCCUCACAGGCUCAGGUUGACAAGACGGACUAUGACAUGGUGGACUACCUGAACGAGCUGAGGGAGGGCUGUCUGGAGGCCUACACCGGGAUCAUCCAGGGCCUCAAGGGCGACCAGGAGAACGUCCACCCUGAUGUGAUGUUGGUUCAGCCUCGGGUGGAGUUCAUCCUCUCGUUCAUACACCAUAUAGCCGAAGACGAGGAUCACUCUGACGGAGUGGUGGCCAACGCUGCCGGCCUCAUCGGCGAUCUGUGCACAGCGUUUGGUAAAGACGUGAUGAAGCUAGUGGAGGUUCGCCCGCUCAUCAACGACCUGCUGACAGAGGGGCGACGCUCCAAAACCACCAAGACCAAGACGCUGGCCACCUGGGCAACCAAGGAGCUCCGCAAGCUCAAGAGUCAGGCCUGAUUGUUGCUGGUGCGGAGAGUGAGCAAGAGCUGAGAGGUGAACAAUGAGAAAAAACUGCCCCCACUGGAAUGAAUUCUUCUGUCUUUGACGUGAACGUCCGGUCAAAGCUGAAGCAAAGUGAGAUGAGUGUCUGUGUGAGGGAGAUGUGUGAGCGAGAGAUGACGUCGCAGCCCCCACCCCAAACCUUCCCCCUCCCCUCUGGACUGGCCUGUGGACUGGACUGUGACCUCCCCCUUUGAAACAAGACAACCUGUUGAACCCCUCUCCUUCCUCCUCUUCUUCCCACAAUCCACCUCUCUCGCCAUAGCUGGGCUCUCCUAUGACAUGAUGCCCCCACCACCACCACAACUGCGGGAGGUGGGGUAGAAAUGAGAAACCAGACUGGUGGAAUCAGAUGCAACUCUUGGGCAGACAUUUGUGGAAAAGCUUUUGAUUUUUGUUGCUCUUAUUUCCUUUCUUCUUCUGAGAACUAAACCAGAGAAGGAGUUCUGACACGAACACCCAAACAACAGCACUAAGUCCCUUCAAAACAAAAGUAAGAAUUCCUCAGAAGUGAGUGCCAAACGGAAACCGACCCGUAAGCCGAUGGUGCGAGCUGCUGGUAAAGUUUGUUUUUAUUUCCCCGCUGCACUUAGUUCGGGAAAAGGUCACUCAACAGUUUUGCUUGUUUAAAAAGAAAAUUCUGAAUUGAAGACAUUUGUAUAAGGUUAUAUUUUUCCAUUGCUAUGAUGAAAAUAAAAUAAAUAUGAAACAUUC